AUGGGGGACACCGACAUGACAAGCCUCAAUGGUCAUGGAAGCGGAACCCAAAUGAACGACGACGACACUGCCUCAGAUAAUAGCAUAUAUCAUGAGGAUAGUGAGCCAAGCGUCAUAGAGGACACCAUUGUCAAGCUACAAGUGCGCCGCGGUUUGCUUCCCACCGGCUGCUGUUACGAUGACCGAAUGAAGCUUCACAUGAAUGCCGACUUCAGUCCAAAUACCCACCAUCCUGAGGAUCCUCGGCGUAUCCACGAAAUAUUCAAGGCCUUCAAAAGAAUGGGGCUUGUCUAUACGGGCCCAGAAUCGGAGCUACCAAGAAUUAUGAAGGACUGUCCAACCAGGUACAUGUGGAGGAUUCCAGCUCGGCCUGCCACGCGGGAAGAGAUUUGCCUGGCUCACUCCCCUGAGCACCUUGCUUGGGUGGAAAAUUUGGACACAAUCAGUACGGCUGAGCUUCGUUCAUUGACAAGGCAAUUCGACCAGGGCCGUGAAUCUCUCUAUGUCGGGAGCAUGUCUUACCCUGCUGCCCUUUUGUCGGUUGGUGGCGCCAUCGAAACCUGCAAAAGCGUGGUUACUGGACAAGUCAAAAACGCUUUUGCUGUUAUCCGACCUCCUGGGCACCACGCUGAGUUUGAUCAGCCCAUGGGAUUUUGCUUCUUCAACAACGUUCCCGUGGCAAUCAGGGUGUGCCAACAAGACUAUCCAGACCAAUGCCGCAAAGUCCUCAUCUUGGACUGGGACGUCCACCAUGGCAACGGUACCCAAAACAUCUUUUACCAGGAUCCCAACGUCCUCUACAUAUCCAUCCAUGUCUACCAGAACGGACAGUUUUACCCUGGCAAACCACCGAAUCCCAUGACUCCUGAUGGCGGUUUAGAACACUGCGGCACAGGACAAGGACUGGGCAAGAACAUCAACAUUGGCUGGCAUGACCAAGGCAUGGGUGACGGCGAAUACAUGGCGGCAUUCCAAAAGAUUGUGAUGCCCAUCGCAAAAGAGUUCAAUCCGGAUCUAGUGGUCAUAUCAGCGGGCUUCGACGCUGCAGACGGAGAUGAGUUGGGUGGCUGCUUCGUUACACCUGCUUGCUACGCCCACAUGACGCACAUGCUCAUGUCUCUCGCGGACGGCAAAGUUGCCGUCUGCCUAGAAGGCGGCUAUAACCUCCAGGCAAUUUCAAGCUCUGCGGUAGCCGUUGCAAGAACUUUGAUGGGAGAACCGCCGCCAAAGCUCGCUCUCCCCAAGAUUAACAAAGAGGCAGCCAGAACAUUAGCGAAAGUGCAAGCGUAUCAGGCCCCUUACUGGGAAUGCAUGCGGCCCGGAAUCGUCGACGUGCCUGAUGUUCAGUCUCUCAAUGCAGACAGGCUUCAUGAUGUCAUCAGAAACGCGCAGCGCCAAGUUAUGCAGUCAAAAUACGGCAUGAUCCCGCUCUACAUACAGCGAGAGCUCAUCUCAAAAUCAUUUGAAAAUCAAGUGCUAGUCACACCAAACCUACACGAUGCACAAAAGAUUCUUGUCAUUCUACAUGAUCCGCCUCAAUUACUAGCCCAAGUGGAUGUGGCAGAAACUACUGUAGAUGCUCAUAAUACAUGGGUGGUUGACGGGGUAAUGGAAUACAUUGGGUGGGCCGUUGGCCAAAACUUUGGUGUCAUGGAUAUCAAUGUUCCAGCUUAUGUUACCCAUGAAGAGGACAUUGAUGCUUUCACCCCUGAAUUUAACGAGAAGGAGAUCCAGGAGCAAAUCUUGUCGCUAAUUUGCUAUCUCUGGGAUAACUUUCUCCAGCUUUACGAAACCAACGAAAUUGUCUUGCUUGGCGUCGGCAAUGCAUACCUUGGAGUUAAAGUUCUCUUGAUAAACAGAGACUGCAAAGACAAGAUUGCGGGAAUUGUCAACUUUGUGACCGGCAACCUGAGACCCGUCAAGUCUGACGUUGACAACGAACUCUCAUCUUGGUACAAGGAAAACUCGCGCGUCUACGUGGCGGGAGACCAUGCCUGCUGGUCCGACCCCGACUUGACACGAAAAGUCCACAAGAGACGCUUCGGAACGGUCGUGCGCAGCAAGAUGGCUGGGCUCAACCACAUGAUGCAAGCGCACGCCGAGGAAGCCCACGAAUGGAUCUUGAAAAGAGUGACUAACAAUCCCGACGGAGACACGACUGAGGAGGACAACCCUUGA